CCUGUGUGAAAAGCCAACAACAUGACGAAUUGGCUAAAGUAGUCUGCCUAUAUACGUAUUGCGAAGGCAGUCGCUGAAACUUCCUCCAUUCCAGCCGAUAUCUUCCUCUCUCUCUCUCUCUCUCUCUCAUACCAGCCUCGUAUCCUCUUUAUCUUCUACGACUCAAGCGCUAUCAUGUCCGGAGAUCAGGAGAGGGAGCAUCACCCGUUCCCGUACCACGAGGAGCUGUCGGCGGUCUUCUCCGGGAAGCCAGCAGGCAGCGUCGCUGAAGCUGGUCAACGUGGUUUCGAUCCGCAAGCGGUGUCGACGCCGUUCGAGAGCUUCACCGAAUUGUUGUGUGGCACGCCGACGGACGACGGUUCUUUAGCUAGAGCUUUCGGGUUCUCGUGUUUAGCGCCCGCAGAUGCGGUUGGUUCCGGUGGUGCAGCGUUGCGUGAGUUGAUGGCCGAUGGUAAUGAUAACUUCAGUUGCAGCUUGACGUCGACGUCCUGGUGCGGUGGAGGUACCACUCCGGUGACACCUAAUUCUUCGGCCUCUUCGUCUUCCACUGAGGCGGCCGGAGAAGAAGGCGGAGCACGGCGUAAGAAGGAUCAGCUGAAGCGGGAGGAGGACGGGGACGAUAUGUCUAACAAAGUGAAGAAACCGAAGAAGGAGAGAAGGCAAAGGGAGCCACGCUUUGCUUUCGUGACCAGAAGCGAGGUCGAUCAUCUCGACGACGGCUAUCGGUGGAGAAAAUACGGCCAGAAGGCGGUCAAGAACAGCCCUUAUCCAAGAAGCUACUACCGUUGCACCACUCCAAAGUGCCCGGUGAAGAAGAGGGUGGAGAGAUCUUACGAAGAUCCAACGAUUGUGGUGACGACGUACGAAGGCAAACAUACACAUCAAAGCCCACAUACAGUUAGAGCGAAUACGCACCAAUUAGCUCAUCCUCUUCCGAUGAUGUCGACGAGCUUCUCUCAGUUGCCCCAACUGGGGUGUACCACCCAGCAAGGGAACAUAAACCCUAAUGCUUUCCCGUCAAACUUAUCAUCUGCGCUUCAACCGUCCCGAUUCCCCGACUGCGGUCUCCUCCAAGACAUACUUUCCUCCUUCCUUCACGGCAGCCAACCAUGACCAAAAGGUCUCAUUGAAGUUUCCUGUUUCAGAACUGCCUUCUUCUGAUAUGAUAUGUGGUAUCCACAUUUGCGUCCAUGUAUCUGUUUAUUGUAUGUCCUGAAGAGUACUUAAUUAGCUGCAUUAAGAUUCUUGUAACCUUCAAUGGCCUUUCGAGAUAAGUGUAUUUAGCUGGUGGAUUUUGUACACAUUCUAUCAUACAGUCUCAUAAACUGGGUCUGAUUCAGGAGA